ACUAGCCCGGAGGAGGUUUCAGUCUCGCCGCCGGAAACGGUCGAAGCAUCGUCGACGAUGGGUGCAGCUUCUCUCCGAAAGGACUGAUAGCUUUGUUCUGACGUUUCGACGAAUCUGUCCCGCUGAACGGUUGCCUCGACGCUUGUCCGUUGUUUCACCGCGAUGAGGUGAUAGAGUUGCCUGAAACGAAGCGGACGCGUCAGCAUCGACCCUUGUUCCUUGAAACUGUGUUCGACGAGAGUUCGCUGAUCUGUCGGUUCUAUCAUGUAUUAAAUAUACGGUGUGACACAGUGUGCUACGACCGUUGAUUAUCGCACCGUGCAGUGGGACAUGGACGCGAAACGAACAGGUGUCAUUGUCUCGAUAGAACUCGAGGAACCAUAAACUACUAAUCGUUGCAGCAGCUCGAAACUGAUACGCGUGUUCGAAUAGAAGAGUUUCAGCCAGAACAGCGAGAAGGUACAUAAAUAUUGAAUCUACGAUCACUUUGAAAUGGAGCCAAGCAGUAGCUACCAAGAUUACCCGUGCAACAUCCCCAAGGCCUAUGGUUGCGAUCUGCGAAGAAAUUACGAACCGUGGAAUCCCGAGGAGAUCUUCCCAACCAUGUGCCCCCUGCCGAGUUACUAUAGCCUGGUGCCGGACAUGCUCAACGCGAGGACCCUGCCUUUCUCCUGGAACCUCCCUCUGAUAAGAUACAAGCCGCAACCGCGGUACGAGAAGCCGCCGUACUCUUACAUCGCUCUGAUCGCCAUGGCCAUUAAUUCGUCGCCCAAGCAGAGGCUCACCCUGUCCGGGAUUUACAGAUUCAUCAUGGACAGAUUCCCCUAUUACAGAGAGAACCGGCAAGGCUGGCAGAACAGCAUCAGGCACAACCUCAGCUUGAACGACUGCUUCGUGAAGAUACCGAGGGACAAGGUCGUCGGGGAGGACACCGAGGAGGAUCAGGCUGGGAAGGGUAGCUACUGGACCCUGGAUCCGUCAGCCAGCGAAAUGUUCGAACACGGGAACUACAGGAGGAGGAGGAUGAGGAAACAGAGAGGAUUCGCGCAGGACAAGCAGGAACAAGAUCGUGCCAACGUUCCGAUUUCGCCGGAACAACUUCCUAAUUCGAAGAGGCGGGAGAAGAAGAGAGAAUAUAAAAUAGUGAGUGCGAAGGAUGACGAAGAAGAAGCACAGACCACGAAAGUGAAAUACACAGAUACCCAAGGACACUGCGUAAAAUCAAUGAUGUUCACUAUCGAGAAUAUCUUACGGAAAUCUACGCACGAAUCUGCCAUUUAGCUACUCACGCCUGACGAAUCGUGUUCUCAAUUUUCGCUAUUUUUAAAGUCACGAACAUUUGUUGUUUCCUGUAAAUUGUUUUCAAAUGUAAACGAACUGAAACGAAUUACUAGUGCGUCGUGAGAAAAUUUCAACCAUUUACAAAAUAUGUACUUAAUUUAUAAAACUUGCAUUUGUUUUUUUACACAUCGUACUGUAAAGAAGAAUUCAAAUGUGCCGAAUAAUUCGGCCUACGCCUCUAUUUUCGCCUUUAUUACUUUGACUAAUAUAUGGUAAUUGAGAAACUACGAACACAUUUUCGGGGGUUCAGAAAUGUUCAGGAAACUCGCUCGUAUCUAUAUCAUGCAAGGAGAGCUUAUUUAUUGUUAAAAAUGAGGAGAACGGAUGAUUCUCGUCAGUAUUCUUAUAAGGUACAAUGUUAAAUUCAGCACGAAUCGUCUGCUCCGUAAAAUAAAAAAUAGCGUCAUUACACGUAGUAGGAAAACGCUGAAACUGGUAGAUAAAGUUACCAACAGUUGAGAGUUUGGCUGAAGUCACAUUUUGCCGCUAAACUCACUUCAACGAAGGUUCGGACAUUUUGUCACAUGAGGCGUUACUAUCGCUGGUGUAAUCUACUCUGUCGACUUCAUUUGGCUAGCAGUUUGAACAAUUUGCCAUUUAUCAAUUGGCGCUGAAGAAGAGGCACUACUAUUGCCUAAACACCAAUUGGUUCGUUCCGAAUUUUAUAUUGUGUCCAAUUGUAUCUUAUUGUCCUCUAUGUUUGCGGUAAUAAGGAAACUUUUUUUAAAUGA